GUUAGGGGCGCGCGCGCAAGAGACAGAGAAAGAGAGAGAGCGAGAAGGAAAAAGAGAGGAAGUAGCAGCGUCGACGGGGAAGGCGAGAGGAACGUAAGAGACGGCAGAGGAGGUCUCGUUCAGGAGAGAGACGACAAAUACGCUCGGGAAUGUAUUGACCGACGGUCGAACGUUGCUCGAUUUUUGAUAAAUUCGCCGGUCGUCGAUCGCCGCGAACUGGCCGAUCUUCGCGAACGGCAAACCCGACCAAGCGAAACUUGAGAUACCGAACGAUCGUCGGUCGCUCGCCGAUGGUAGAAAACGCGAGUUUUUCGUUAACGGAUCGGUCAAUAGUUUCGCGUCGGUCCCGUUGGAAGGACGAAGAGAGGAGCGGCGGCACGAGCGAAAGCCGCGAACGACGAGAGAGAGAAAGACAGCUACGAGACUGGGUGAACGAGAGAGUGAGGGCAAAAGGGAUACUCCACGAUAAAAUUCGCAUUAAAGGAAAAACAGACAUAAAGGAUCUUCUAGGACCUGCGAAAUCCCUGGAAGGAACAAAGGUGCUACCUGAAGACCAUAAAUGUCACUCGGGAAGUAAAGACUCGGAAGUCAAUUGGAUUUUAAGUAAUGCUUCAACGGUCACAGUCGGGGUUGUUGUACUUUUACGACUGCCGCAGGGCAAGUUACGUUUCGCGAGUCAGUUUAAGCGUCCUGUCGUAAAUUUUAUUUGCCAUAAUGAAUCCGUCAAUUCGGACGAGGUUCAUCAGUCAACGUGCAUUGGUCAAGGUUGGAGCGUCACUUCGAGAAAAUCAAUUUGCGAACGCGAUACAGAUUGA